AUGAGUACGGAAGAAAAGCCAUUAAACAAGCUCUUUGUGGGCGGUCUUUCGUUCAAAACAACAGACCAGUCGUUAUUGAAUUACUUUUCCCAGUUUGGAGAGGUCAAGCAAGCAAAUGUUAUGAAGUAUACAGACCGCCAAGUAUCUCGCGGAUUUGGGUUUUGCAUUUUCGAAAAUUCGUGCUCGGCGGAAUUAGCCAUGAAAACAAAGAAUCAUAUAAUAGAUGGUCGAGAAGUGGAUGUUCGUUGGGCACUUCCUAAAGAAAUGGCCCCUCCUCCACAGUCUUCCUCCGAGCAGUCUCCGAAGAACUGCGUCCGCAAGCUUUUCAUCGGUCGCCUAAGUCUCGAUGUGACGGAGCGUACUCUUUCCGCGUUCUAA